CCUCUGGCAAGGACAGUGUUGGGCAUCUCCAACGACGCUCUGCCAUCGGCUACAGGGUUGCCCCUGCAAGAGCCCAGGGUAACGGACUACCACUCAGGCCCAAACUUCCUUGUACUGAGGCUGGCUGGGAGGCUUCUCCCGCCUUUAUCCCCAGAGCUGCAGGGGGCCUGGUGGAACUCUGGUUCCCGGUCCCAGCCCCUCAUCCCAGCCCCUCUCUGAGGAGGAGGCAAGCAGCCUGGGCUCUGCAGCCAGAGCUUUUCAGCUUGGAGCUCUGCGGCCAGAUGUAACAUUGACCUUAAAUGGUAAAAGCUCCCCAGAGUGAAGAGAGGCUGGCCAGGGAGGAAAGGGGAAUAACUCAGUUUUAGGUAAGUCAUCGCUAUUGCCUAGAAUAACCUGCCUCUUCAGCCCGAGCAAAGCAGAGAGGCGCCUUCUCUCCUUAAAGCCUGCAGAGCCCAAGCCUCUUGGAGCGUCUUUGGGGUUGACACAGCAGAGGUUCCGGGCACACACAGCCACUCCAGCCAGGAGGCUGCCAUGCCCCACAUUCCUGAGGAUGAGGAGCCCCCUGGAGAGCCACAGGCAGCCCAGACCCAAGACUCUCCCUCUGCAGGACCAUUUUGCAGCCCUCCCACAAUCAUCCUGACGGGGGAUGCCAGCUCACCUGAAGGAGAAGCGGACAGAAACCUGAUCAACAGAGCUCCCAGUCCCCACCGAAGGCUUUCCCACAGACAACUGAAGGCCUCCACAGCUUCGCUGACUUCUGUGGACCCCACGGGACAUGUCAUUGACCUGGUAAAUGACCAGCUACCAGACAUCAGCAUCUCAGAGGAGGACAAGAAGAAAAACCUGGCGCUUCUGGAAGAAGCCAAGUCGGUGAGUGAGCGAUUCCUGACCCGCCGCGGGAGGAAAUCAAGGAGCAGCCCCGGAGACUCCCCAUCAGCUGUUUCCCCAAACCUCAGCCCUGGAGCUUCUCCUGCACCUUCUAGAAGCUGCUCACUCACUAUCUCCACACCGCCAGGUUUCGACACAUGCAGUGGCCCACAGUCCUCUUUGCCAGGAGGACCACCACAGCAAAAGGGGCAUGAGGCUACCAUCUCCUCACCUCACCUCGGAGAGCCUAAUAUCUCCAAAGGGCUAGCCGACCGGAAGCAGAAUGACCAGCGGAAAGUGUCUCAAGGCAGACUGGCUCCUCGCUCGCCCACAGUGGAGAAAUCCAAAGAACUUACAGUAGAACAAAAGGAGAACUUUGAUCCCCUUCAGCAUCCGGAGGCCACGCCCAUGGCUCAGGCUUCUGGAGCAAGCAUCAGUGGGAAAAUGGCCCUGAACAGCCCCCAGCCUGGCCCUGCUGAGAUGGAGCUUGGGAAGCAGCUCCUGAAGACAGCAAGGGAAGGCAGCUCUCUGCCCAGAGGCACAGCCCAAGCCUCAGGAGGAACUGGCUCUUCACAUCCCCAGGGACAAGGUGCUGCUGGAGAGUCUGUGGGACCUAAGGCUGGCUCCAAAUCUGAGCUGUGGCCCCCUGUGUCCCGGCCUCCCUUGAUACGGGGAGUCUCCUGGGACAGCAGCCCUGAAGAACCUGGUCCCCUGUUGCAGAAGGUACUUGCCAAACUGCCUCUGUCAGAGGAAGAGAAGCGGUUUCCAGGCAAAGCCAAGCUAGCCAAGCCACCUGGGCUCAAAGACUUCCAGAUACAAGUACAACCAGUGCGCAUGCAGAAACUGACCAAGCUCCGGGAGGAACACAUCAUGAUGAGAAACCAGAACCUGGUGGGGUUCAAGCUUCCCGAACUGAGUGAAGCUGCAGAGCAGGACAAAGGGGUCUCUUCUGAACUCGCCCCAGCAACUGAGGAGGAAGAGUCAAAGAGCGGUCUGGAUGUGAUGCCCAACAUUUCUGACCUACUGCUGCGCAAACUGAGGGUUCACAAGUCACUCACCGGAAGCGCCCCUCCACUCACUGAAAAGGAAGUUGAGAACGUGUUUAUACAACUGUCAUUGGCCUUCAGAAAUGACAGCUACACCUUGGAAUCUAGAAUUAGCCAGGCUGAAAGGGAACGCAACCUAACCGAAGAGAACACUGAGAAGGAACUGGAAAACUUCAAAGCUUCCAUAACGUCCUCAGCAUCCAUCUGGUACAACUGUGAGCACCGAGAGACCUAUCAGAAGCUUCUGGAAGACAUCGCGGUCUUGCAUCGUCUGGCUGCCCGCCUCUCCAGCCGGGCUGAAGUGGUGGGGGCUGUGCGCCAGGAAAAGCGUAUGUCAAAGGCAACGGAAGUGAUGAUGCAGUAUGUGGAGAAUCUGAAGAGAACAUACGAGAAGGACCAUGCCGAGCUCAUGGAAUUUAAAAAACUCGCAAAUCAGAAUUCAAGUCGCAGCUGUGGUCCCUCUGAGGAUGGGGUCCCCCGCACGGCGCGAUCUAUGUCCCUCACGAUGGGCAAGAACAUGCCCCGCCGGAGGGUCAGUGUUGCUGUGGUUCCCAAGUUUAAUGCCCUGAACCUUCCUGGCCAAGGCCCCGGCUCAUCACCCAUCCCCUCCCUACCUGCUCUGUCUGAAUCGCCCAACGGAAAAGGCAACACAUCUGUCCCCCCGGUGCUGCCUGCACUUUUGGAAAAUGGAAAGACAAAUGCAGAGGCUGACUGUGAAGUUUGUGCCCCUGUGCCGCUCCCCAGCUGCCAGGAGGACAUGAGCCAGGAGACCAAGGCCAGGGCAGAGGAAGACGCCUACAACAAAGGAUGCCAGGAAGGGGUAAAGAAGGCCGAACAACUUCAAGACCUAAAGGAGGAGGAGGAAGAACAGAAGACGGAGAGUCCCGAGGAACCAGUGGAGGUAGAAGAACCUGAGGAGGAAGAGACAGAUCAGAGAAGCAGCAAACUUGAAGAACUGGUCCGCUUCCUACAAGUCCUGUAUCCCAAAUUGUGUCAACACUGGCAAGUGAUCUGGAUGAUGGCCUCAGUAAUGCUUGUCUUGAGUGUUGUGCUUGGCCUCUACAGCUCCUAUAACUCCUGUACAGAGCAGGUUGAUGGGCCCCCUGGGAGGUCCACCUGUUCCGCAGCCCAGCGGGACUCCUGGUGGAGCUCAGGACUCCAGCAAGAGCAGCCAGCAGAGCAGUAGGACAUUGGACCCCUCAGCCAUGCCCUGCUCUAGUGUAUUCACCCAACACUCUGCCCCCAAGUUCAGUGUGUCAGGCCCACAUGUGCACAUGUGGUCACCCAUCCCAUCGGGGAACCAAGAGGCUUUCUCUUCACCCUCAUCGCCUCCAUGGAAGCUACUCUCACUCAGUAACCUGAUACUUUGAAGAGAUCGGCAAAACUGCAGGAAAGUGUCUGAUGGAGACCUUUGCAAAGGACUCUGGCCCCAGGGAAGAGUCCUGCCCCUGGCUCAGAUGGAUUGGGAGAACUGAAACCCCUUCAUUCAGGGGACAGUGAGAAGCCUGCUCUCCUCCUUAUCCUCCCUGUGUUUCAUAAUCAGGAAGAAUGGUACUUAAUGGCCAGUACAGACCAUAAGGAUCAGACCUGGUACUUGGAGUCACAGUGUGGAUGUCUUCCCACUUCCUAUGAACAAUCUUUAGCCUUCUCUCUCCCCUUCAGAAUCACCAUUUCUUGUUGGAGUGGGAAAGCUUACUCACAAAAGUACACAGGUUAAAAGUAGCCCCAUGCUCGAAAGGAAACAGGAAGAUGUGAGUUAAUAUAUAACUUAUCUUUAUACAUAUGGACAGUACACACAACGUGUUUGUGCACAGACACCCACUCUCUGGAAGCAUGCUCUGCUCAGUGGUAUCCAUGUUGUGACAACCAAUUGGUUUUCACUAGGUAUGGAACAGUAGUCGGUAGGCAUCCGUACAGGGAGCCCUCCACACCUCUGAAGAUGUUUGAGAACCCAAGAAAUCGUGUCUUCUUCAUUGCACUUCUGAUGCCAGUUUGGAGCUGCACAGUUUGUUCCCUGCUUGUGUGCUGCAUUUGAAAGUGAUCUUAUACAGUUAACCCACCCCUUGGGUAAGAAAAGGUGUGCCUUCCACUCCAGACUCUCACUCUGCCUUGCACCUCAGGGCUGCUGUUCUCAUGUAAUUCCGGCCCAAAUGUGUCCUACCGAAGACCUGUUCAGCGCCAAACAGAAGGAGCGCAUCCCGCUUCCAGCAUGGUUUCUCUCACCCUGCUCAGCUGUCAACCUCAUUCAGCUCUCAUCAGUUGGAGAUGGAGCUUCUAUUGUGGUUUCAUUGUUUUUGUUGCUAAUACUCAUGUAGAACUUAUUGUGAGCCCAAAGUGUUUCAGUGUUAUAUAGGUAGUAAUUCAUUUAGUCCUCAAGAAAAACAAAAUCUGAAAUGGAUAUUUCUCUCUCCAUGACAAAUAAGGAAACAGAAGCAUAAAUGAUAAAAGAGUAUGCACACACAGAAAGACCACACACACACACACACACACACACACAGAGAGAGAGAGAGAGAGAGAGAGAGAGAGAGAGAGAGAGAGAGAGAGAGAGAGAGAGAAACAACUUGUCAAGCACAUAUAGCUAGUAAUUAAAUCAUUCAAACUAGAGUGGUCUGGCCCCAGGGACUGUAUUCCUGACUCUUCUCUGGUCUCCUAGGUGCCUUCCAGUCUGAUCCCACUCUCUCAACUGGCUUUUCAGUUGUUCCAAACCAGCCACGAUUCUCAAAUGAAAUUACUCUUCCCACUGCACUUUAACCCAUAAGCAUCUCUCCUGCCAUUGUCCUCUUCUCACCACUCUUGAGGACCACCCCUCAAGCACAAAUACCAUCCCUCUCUACCCCUCAGAGACCUCCUCCCACAUUCUUACCAUACCCAACAUCAUGGUGGCACCCCACUUAGUGCGUCUGGCACUUGUUAAAUUUCAAUCAUUGACCUGCACCUACUAUCUAACCCAUUUAUACAUCUGUCUCCCUGGACAUUUUCCUCAAAUACUAUGUCUCACCAUCUCUUGGAUAGGUACUUAAUAUGGCAAACACUUUGGAGAGGGUCAUUUAAUGUUGGAUAAAAGAGAAAGUGACCAUUCAAGGUGGAGAGUAGCCUAGAACAUGAAAUUUUGAGGCUUCCCAAUACCAUCUCCCUCAGGACCAUUCUUAUCUCCAUGAGAAACUUGUCAUGACUAAUUCCUGACCUUAGCUUACUUUUAUCUUUAUUUACUCUGAGAGAACAAGAAUGAAACGAGACUACAGAAAUCCCAUUCCCAAGUUCAAGCUUCCAUGCAAUCACUACUUUUAGAGAGACAUGCCCCCACAACUCACCCCAACUAGGCCUCACUUUAAAACACUGGUUUUGAAGGGGCACCCUUUACAGUGGCUGGAACAUGGCUGAGUGAGGAGCCCCAGGAUGUACCAUUAAAGGUAAUGAGGUUCAGAGUGAGGCAGUGGGAUUUUGCAGGCAUAGGUAGAUGGCUUUCCUGGUGUCUUCCAUGGGACUAGAUCCAGUCAAAGGAGAUUUAACUAGUAGCAUCAUAUAGCCAAAGACAAGCUGUAGAUGGAUUGCAGAGAGAACAGCCAUUAGGAUUCUAGGAAGUCAAUGUCUAAUCUCCACACCAAAAGAAGGUACAACUUGAGUGAGCUUAUCGUCCAUUUGGUCACAGAUUGUCACCCCUGUUCUAGGUGAGACAAAGUCAAGAAGAGCAUGUAUAAACUGCUUCAGCAUUGUCACAGGCUUCUGAAGCCUGCAGGAGUCCUUGGGCCUAGAUCAGCAACCACACUACUCCAUCUGUAAGGGCAGUUGAGGAAAAGGACAUCUCCAAAGAGCAUAGCCAUAUUUAGGACAGCAUGACUGAAAACACAGGUGUUGGCCCACCUUUUCAAGAAAAGAAGGGAUAACUUGAAGCAGUUACAGAUGCUGCCUCACAUAGUCAGUGACAUGGAAGCCAACCUUGUGUUUCCAGACAUAACAGUAAAAUUAAAGGUUCCCGUUCAAGAUGCCUCCGAAACCUGGCAUUUCUGCUUAGCCUUGCGAGUCUGGUUGCAGCUUUCUAUUUCAGAGCAAUGUGCUUGCAUCACCACUGAUUCACUUUCUAAAAGGAACUUCACUCUCUAGCCACCAUGCAGUCUGUUUCCUUUGUGCAGCCUGGAAGAGGGAAUGGCAAGGGAGACACUGGACUUGCAUAUCACCGGCUGUCAGACCCUAAUGUUAAGGCUCACACAGGUAGGUGUGCUAGUGUUGAACUGUAGAAUGUCACAUAGAUGAGUUUGAAAAUAAACGCACAUUUCCAAACCUU